UAAGAAAUAAAGAAACAGACAUCGACACUGUAGUUUUAAGUUCAUUAAGUUUACAUUACUGAAAAUGUCAACAAUGUUGAAAAUAAUUCUCCUACUUUUUGCAUACAUUUCGGUUAAUAUUGGAGUUCUAGUGAAUCGGACAGACACUAUUACCUGGGCGAAUAUUAGAACACCUGAUCAAUUUCGAGGAGUCAAGGUAACGAAGGUAACGAAUGGAUACGAAAUUUUAUGGGAGGAAAAAAUAGACAACCGGAACAAUACUCUAAUAGUUUAUUUCAAUUACAUUUUCGAAGACACUGGAACUCGAGAAAUUAUAAAUGUUAAUAAUUUGUGUGGCGAUUAUAAAGUUGGAAGUUUAGAGCAUGAUGUUCAACUACUUAUUAUGUCCCAAUUUGUAAAUUCUUUAGAGUGUCCAAUCAAGAAAGGUACGAAAGCUAUGUAUCUAGUGCCUAAACCCUACACAUAUCCAACCGAAAACCAUGAAUGUGGAUUAGUUGAUGGAACGAUAAAUAUAUUUAAAAAAAGUUUGAGCCGUCCAAAAAUUCAACCAUUAGUUCUUCGAGUCCAUUUCAUUGGAAAUGUGACUGGUCCCGAGUGUUCAAAUUAGUAUUUAGAGGCGUAUUUUAAUUUUUAUUCAGCAAAUAUUCUCAGAAAAAUAAGAGAAAAUUUACAAUAUUUUUUUUUUGAGAAUGAAAAUCGUACUUAUAAACUGCCAAAAAAAUAAUUUACUUAAAUAAAUAAUUAUGCCAAUAAA